AUGAGGAGGGAGUUGGGCUUAUUACCUGGGGGCCUGGAGCCUGCUGGAGGCUCCAUCUCCUGUAUCAGCCUCUGGCUAGGGCCGGUGACCUUCGAGGAGGUGGCUGUGUAUUUCACCAGGGAAGAGGGGGCUCUGCUGGACCCCGCUCAGAGAGCUCUCUACAGAGCCGUCAUGCAGGAGAACUAUGAGACUGUGACCUCGCUGGGGUUUCCAGCCUCCGAUUCUGACGCGGUUUCCGAGCUGGAGCAAGGGGAGGAGCCGUGGGUCCUGGAUCUCCAGGAAAGAGAGAUCCUGAGAGGUGGCGGGAUGGUGAGUGAAAACAUGGAGCCAAUGUCUCAGCAGGAAGAGGCUGAGGGAGUGGAAGCACAUAGGGGAUUAUCACAAAGAUCUAAAAAGAAUGCGUCCAUGUGUCGUGAGCAGGGAAAAGCCUGUGAGAGUCAGCGCAGGCCAUGGACGCAGCAGGGCAACCAGUCAGGGGAGAAAGCUGGUGAAUCUAUUAAUUGUGAAGGAAUGCACAAGGACCUCAAGGAAUCCACAGCCCAGCAGAGAACCCUCAUGGGAGAUAGAAACAACACAUUUACUGAGCGUGGGGAAAACUUCAGUAACCGCUCAGUCCUUAUUACCCAUGAGAGAAUCCUCGCGAAAGAGAGACUCUAUGAAUGUGGUGAGUGCGGGAAAACCUUCACUCGGAGCUCACACCUUAUUAGACAUCAGAGAAACCAUACGGGAGAGAAGCCCUAUGAGUGCUGUGAGUGUGGGAAAAGCUUCAGUCAGAGUUCAGACCUUAUCAGACACCAGCGAAGUCACGUGGGAGAGAGACCGUACGAAUGCUGUGACUGCGGGAAAAACUUUAUUUACCGCUCAGACCUUAUUAGACACCAGAGAAUCCACACCGGACUCAGACCCUACGAAUGUGGUGAGUGUGGGAAAAACUUCAGCGACCGCUCAGACCUUCUUACGCACCAGAGAAUCCACACAGGAGAGAGACCCUAUGAGUGCUGUGAGUGCGGGAAAACCUUCACUCGGCGUUCACACCUUGUAAGGCAUCAGAGAAGCCACACAGGGGAGAAACCCUAUGGAUGCUGUGAGUGCGGGAAAAGCUUUGCUGACAGCUCAGCCCUUAUUAAUCAUCAGAGAAUCCACACGGGAGAGAGACCCUAUGAAUGCAGUGAGUGCGGGAAAACCUUCAUUGACAGCUCAGCCUUUAGUAAACAUCAGAGGAUCCACAAAAAAGAGAGACCCUAUGAGUGCUGUGAGUGUGGGAAAAACUUCAACGUGAGCUCAGCCCUGGUUAGACAUCAGAGGAUCCACACAGGAGAGAGACCCUAUAGAUGCUCCGAGUGUGGGAAAAGCUUCCAUCAGAGGUCACACCUCAUUUAUCAUCAGAGAAUCUGCAAGGGAGAUCAACAACAUACAGAUCUUGUCUAG